AUGUCUCAGAAAAUUCAAAACAAGAAGUUCACGCUAAACACCGGGGCUCAGAUUCCGGCCAUUGGGUUUGGAACAUGGAAAGCAGGGCCUGGAGAAGCCGGGGCCGCUGUCCAAGCAGCAUUUGAAGCGGGAUACAGACAUUUUGACUGCGCACCGCUUUAUGGAAACGAGGCCGAAAUUGGCGAAGUCUUCAAAACCAUAGACGUGCCUCGAAAUGAAUAUUUCGUGACAACAAAACUCUGGUCGUCCGACCACCGUCGUAUCAUGUCCGCGCUUCAAAAGUCCCUCGAUGACUUACGACUAGACUAUGUUGACCUUUACUUGAUGCACUGGCCUGUGACUCUUCCUGGGUCCAGACCAGACACAUAUGGGAAAGAGGAUCGGACGAUUCAUGACCCGGAGUGGGAUUUUACCGAUACCUGGCGUGAGAUGGAGAAGCUGCUAGAGACAGGGAAAGUUCGCGCGAUUGGUGUUGCGAAUUUCUCGACAGUGAAUUUAGCGAAGCUGCUCAAGAGCUGUACGGUGGUUCCUGCUGUCAAUCAGACCGAAAUCCAACCUCUGCUGCCCCAGACAAAGCUGAAUGCCCUCUGCUCUUCUAAGGGAAUCCAUCAAACCGCUUUUGGACCCCUUGGCGGUAGUGGGAGCACGCUCCACGAGAAUCCCGUGGUGAAUAAAAUUGCAGAGAAGAGAGGCUGCAGCUCUGGUAACGUGUUAUUGAGCUGGGGAAUUCGCAAAGGGUGGAGCGUCAUCCCGAAGAGUACCAAGCCAGCUCGAAUUGCGGCGAACCUACACCAAACUUUCCACAUGGAUGAUCAAGAAAUAGCGGAGAUUGAUAGCUUGGUCAACGUACUUGGCGGCAAGCGCUUCAAUCGUCCAAAUUGGGGCACGGUGAUCUUCCACGACGAUGAAGGGGAAAAUGUGCAAUGA